GGCCGCGUAGGUUCCCUGCGGCAGCUGCGGCGGGUUCGGUCCGGCGCGACUGUUGGGGCUGCUCGCUCGCUCGCCCGCUCGCCCGCCCUGCCUGUGCGCCAGCCGGCCCCUCUCGCUCGCCAGCCCCAUGGCGCGCUCCCCGCUGCCUUGUGCAGCCCCUCUUGCCCUCCUCUGCUCCCUCCUGAUGCUGCCCUCGGCGCUGCUGCAGGUGGGGAUGCCUGGGGGUGUUUUCCCUGUGCCCGUCGAGGAUGAGGGGGUGCAGAAGGCCGCCACCUUCGCCGUGGAGCAGUACAACCGGCGCAGCCAGGACAGCGCCAACUAUUUCAAGCAGCUGCACAUCGUGAAUGCGCAGUCCCAGGUGGUUUCAGGCAUGAAAUACUAUCUGACGGUGGAGAUGGUGAAAACCGUGUGUGAAAAGAGCAGUGGGCCAAUGGCAUUCAACGAUAUCCAGGACUGUGGGCUCCCUCCGAGGGCUGAGCAGGAGAAACUAACCUGCAGCUUUCAAGUCUGGUCCCGACCUUGGCUGGAUAUGAUAAAGUUGUUGGACAUGAGCUGCAGAUAAUCUGGAUGGCUGGGAUGGACCACACAUGCUGAUACCAACGCAGGCAAAUGGUUCUGAGUGUGUCCAGCAGCCGAGCAACCUCCUGUGUGCAGGAGGAGCUCACAGCGAGCUUUGCUUCUUCGACACGAUCCCAUGUAUGGCCCUCCGCAAAUCAUGAAUGGAAUGGUUCGCUUAAGCCCAAAUUGGCAUUUUCUGAAUUUCUGAGUUUGCUCCGUGCCACCCGAGGGGGCCUUGCCUUGCUCCUCAGUUCCACCUUCUCUUCUCUAGUUUUGUGUACUGUAACUUUCAAGAUGAAUCCAUCUUUUGCUAAUUUGGUUGUCGACUGCUGCUAAUAAAGCUAUCAUCCUUUC